AUGAACCAGAAGGAAUAUUCACCAUUAAUAGAGUCGUCAGAAACCGGCUCCAAAGACUGCCUCCAAGCAGACAAGUAUCAACUAUACAAGAGGCGAUGGUAUAUUCUCUCUGUGUAUACAGCAAUCGUUUUGAUUUGCAACUUGACUUUAAAUACGUGGGCACCUAUAUCUGAACCUUGUAAGAUUAUUUUUGGAUGGGAAAACUGGCAGGUUAUCUUUAUAGUUAAUUGGACUCCACUGUGUAUGCUCGUAAGUGCUGGACCGUCUAUAUGGAUGAUGGAUAAAAAAGGUCUGAGAGCUUCAGUCAUAUUAUGCACUUUCCUACUGACUGCUGGCAAAGUAUUCCAAGUUAUUCCAUCCAGUGAUCCACUAACAAGAACCAUCCUGUUAAACAUUGGUCAAUGCAUCUCUAUGUUGAGCACUCCUGUCGGACUAGGAGCACCUCCAUCGAUCUCCGCUACGUGGUUCCCUCCAAAGGAGCGCACAACUGCGACAGCUAUCUCGACGCUGUUCGCCUACUUAGGGGUAGCUUGUGCGUUUGUUGUUGGUCCCUAUCUUGUACCUAUUACUAAAAGAGUACACAUCGGCAGUGUCGAUGUUGCUUUCACUAACCACACGGUAUAUGACAUAGAAACAAUGACCACGAACCUAUCUGAGUACAUGGGCAUUCAGUUAGGUAUAAGUGCACUUUUAUUGGUCUGUGUGUUGGUGUAUUUUCCCGACAAGCCACCUUUGCCUCCCUGUGCGACAUCAAGCGACAGGGUACACGAAUCUAAACAAGAAUUCAAGACUUUGAUAUCUGAUUACCGUUUUCUUUAUCUGGGGUUUCUUUUUGGCAUUAGUUUUGGGAUCUACUUUGGGUGGCUUGGGUUGUUAGCUUUAGCUGUUCGACCAUUCGGGAUUAGCGAGUCUUUGGCUGCUUGGAUUGGAACUGCUUCUGUGGUGGCUGGGAUCUUCUCUGGUAUCAUUAUUGCCAGGUGA